UCCAUCCAUCAUCACAGAACCUCGGUAGUCCAACUAAGGACCAUGGAAUCCAAUGGUAAUUACCACUGUAAUUAUUCCCAUUUUAAGACAGUGUUAAGACCUCUGGUCAACUUCACACGUUGCAUUUACACACUGAGGGCAAUUGUCUGUACUGUGUGAAUGAAUAUGUGUGUGGAAUGGAUUGGCACCCCACCCAGAGUGUACCCUACUUUGUGCCCUAAGUGUCCUGGGAAAGGCUCCAGAACCCCCAAAUAGAUGAUGAAGCUAAUUUGCAUGUCUUUGCACUGUGGGAGAAACUGUGAAACUGGAGUACCCAUAGGAAACCCACCAAGCACGGGGAGAACAUGCAAACUCCAUGCACACAGACCCGAAGUGGGAAUCGAACUUGGCCCCUGGAGGUGCAAGGUGACAGUGCUAACCAGUGUGACGCCAAACUGCACACAAGGCGAUUAUAAUCACCAAAAAUUGUUAUGACAAUAUCAUAUUAAAUUCCUUUAUAAUAAUACUAAUAUUGCAGGUGUCGAUAUUAAAGACUAAUCAUAUUUAGUGUUGCACCCCAUCUCAAGCAUGAGAUUUGGAUCAGCACUUUUUUUUUUUUUUUACUUCCUUCUCUAUUCAUAAUUACUUAAUCAUUAAUUAAGGUGUUCUCCGCCUUGUGUUUCCCGGGAUGAAGACUUCAACACAGGAUAACAAUGGAAAAGCGUGGAUGAGAAAGAGCUAACAGAAGUUAGUUUAAAGAGCCGUGCCAAGAGCUGCACUCCAUCUCCCAGAGUUCAACGCGCGCUCCCUUUCCCGUUUUGAUCGGGUUUGCACGGUAGAGGCAAUGAUGUCAUUGUAAAAAACGAAGGAAACUCUGCAAUCCGAGGGAGCAGAAAUCGAGGUUGAGGGAAGGAGCAGGUUUGAGCUCAGUCUUUUGCACGAGCCCUCAGGACAACCUGGAUGCGUGUGGAGUAACAUCUCGGCCGGGGUGAAGCCCCAGUACUCGAUAAUUGUGACCAUGGAGGAUUACGAUUAUCUUUUUAAAAUAGUCCUGAUAGGAAAUGCAGGAGUGGGCAAAACCUGCCUCGUCCGGCGCUUCACUCAGGGGUUGUUUCCACCUGGCCAGGGUGCCACGAUCGGGGUGGAUUUCAUGAUCAAAACUGUGGAAAUAAAAGGGGUUAAAGUCAAGCUCCAGAUUUGGGACACAGCAGGACAGGAGAGAUUUCGCUCCAUUACACAGAGUUACUACCGUAGUGCCAAUGCACUCAUCCUCACAUAUGACAUCACCUGCGAGGAUUCGUUCCGCUGCCUCCCGGAGUGGCUGCGGGAGAUUGAGCAGUAUGCCAAUAAUCAAGUGGUGACCAUCUUAGUAGGUAAUAAGAUCGACCUGGCUGAAAAGCGGGAGGUGCACAGACAGAGAGCUGAGGAAUUUGCUGAAGCCCAGAGAAUGCUCUAUCUGGAGACAUCUGCCAAAGAAUCUGACAACGUGGAAAAACUCUUUCUGGAUUUGGCCUGUGUACUGAUUCGUGAAGCCAAGCAAAACACGUUGGAUAAUAACGAUUCCACGCCUAUGCCUGGAGAAGGCAAGAACAUCAAUUACUUAAGCUGCUGCAACAUUAAUUAGGGAUCUUGGCUGCUAAUCUGGCAGUGGGUACUUUCCUGCCCAAUGAAGUGCAAAAAUUGUGGUUACUGUUGACGUCCCCGCGUAGACUCCUCUUUGCCAUCACUAUUGAGGUCUUGAAGGCUUUUUAACGCAUGAGAACCUGGGAGUUUUUUUUUUUUUUUUUUAAAUCUACUGACUUUACCACUAGAAAGUCAAGAGGAAAGGUAUGUUGUCAACCCUGAGGAGAACCCAAGGGUACCAGAUAGCUGGUAUAUUUUAAAGGUCAAAAAAUGAGUUUUUAUACACUUUCAGUGCAACACUAAAGAUGCGCAGGCCAAUUCACCUACUAUAUGAAUGAUACGAGCAAAAACACCAGCAGCAGGCUUGCUGUUUAAAUUGUACAAAAUGUGCAUCGCAUGUUAAAACAAAUAUGAAAUAUGUGCAUUAUAGAGCAUCUUUAUGUUCCAGAUUCAAGCGCAAAAUGUACUUUCACAAUGAUGCUGAGAAGAAUUUAAAUGUAGGACUUUGAGACCAGUGUGUAGCUGGAAAUUUUAGUCUUAGAGAGAAUCUUAAACAAUAGAAGGAGAGAAUAUGUGUAUGUUAUCAGUAUAUUAUAGAUUAUCUGACAUUUUUCCUGAAGGUAAUUCCCUAAUUGUUGCUUAGAAGCAUAAUCUCUUUUGUGCAGUUUCAGCUUGUUUUCAGUUUAAAUGCGUUCUAUAAAGAGAGCUGCACUGCUUAAAUUAUAUCUCCUAUGGGUUUUUAUUUUAGCAGACGUAAGGUAAAAUGUACAGGCACUUGAGUGAGCCUGACGUGGUUGAACUCAGCAUAUUUUAGGUUGACUGUAAUUCAAUGCAUAUUACAAAAAAAGCUCUUAUGUGCUUUUCCAACGCACUUAAAUACUUAAACUGUAAUUUUUUUCAAUGAGGGUAUAUAUAUAUAUAUAUACACCUCAUAAAUGGUAAUUAUUUACGCACAAUGCUUUCCCCUAAAAACAUUGCAGUCCAUAUAUAAUAAGACAUUAAUAGAUGUUUUUGUUUGAAAAAUGUUCAGCUCUCUAAAUGUUUAGAUAUGAAAUGAAACGAUGAUGGUUGUGUUAACAUGCACAUUGUCAGCUUUAUAAAACAUCAUUACCAUGUUCCUAUUGCUUUAUAUUGACUCCCUAUGGUGGGCAAAGCUAACUAAAAAGUUACCCAUCUGCUCAGCUGCUAUUUGGCAAGCUGUGUGCUGUUGUAUUGUUAGUCCAUGGAUGUAAAUUGUAUUUCUGCUAUUCUAAAUGGCGUAGUUAUAGUACGUCUGGAGUAGUUUCUCUUGGACCAGAUAUAAAAAGCUAUUCACUGAUAACAAGCCAUGAUGAGGGUGAAAAUCAGUGACGGACAAACAUACGGUGUAUUAAAACUGCUCUGUAUGUGGUUAGAAAGUAGGGUGGAUGGGGUGGAUUAAAAAAAGGUAGCGAUCAUGUAUAAAAUAUGGUCAUGGUGGUUUCAUGGCUUGUAUUAGUAGAACUGCUUAUCUUUAUUUCAUAUGUGUUUCCCAUUAACCUUAUUGACUGACUAAGAUCACUACAAAUGCCAGAAUAUUACUGGACAAUGCCACUUAUUAUAGCAGCACGAUGACAACAUAUGCACUGUUAAUGCAAAUAUGAACUUUUUCAGCAUCUGACCCAGCUUCCACGGAUUGUCUCUUUUAUUUAAGAAAAAAUCCCAUUCACUAGCAGGAAGCCAAAUUGGAGCAGAGCAUCACUAGGGAAUGUCCCAGUGUAUAUUGGCUAGGUUUUUAUCUUCAUUGUAGAUUUUACACAGUGCUCAGCUGACAUAUUCCUAAGUGCUAUUUAUGAUCAUUUUAAUUUGUCCAAAUGACUGCAGUACUUUGUGUGGCAUAUUUUUCAGCUUAUAUCACUUUAACUUGUCCUUGAUUACACUUUCUUUAAUACAUGGUCUGUAAUGUUGCAUAAUGUCCAAGAAACAAAUUAAUCAUGGCUAGGGACAGCCUGUCUCUUACCAAAAUCAUCUCUGUCUAUUUUAUUUGUCUAGAAGGUUUUCCACAUAGCAAAAUUUGGAAACAAAAAACAAUACACUUGACUGUUAACUCCUGGGCAUCUUUGAUAAAUGUUAACUAUCCUUUUGGAUAUGAUUAUUCAUUCUUCUUUAUUGAUAGGCUACAGUACUGUACAUUAAGUAUGGGGACACAACCAAACACGCCUAGAAAAGAAUGCAUUAGUGCAUCCAUGUAAACUUUUGAUUUUGCCCUUUACCUGCAUUCAUUUUUAAAAAUUCAACAGACAUGUGAUAUAAAUUGCAAUACUGAGCACCUGACAGUUCAUAACAGUUCAUAAUAACUGUCUCAUUACACAUCUGUUGUGCUGGAAUUAAAUGUCAAUAUUUUAUAGAUACUUUUGGCUGGUAUAUGUAAUAGACGGAAUACUGUAGUACGUAUAUUAUAAGGUUAUGCACACGUUUCUCACCACAAUACUUACUUAAUAAUACAACACAUUCGCUUUUUUUUGUCUUGUGGAACUUUCUUGGUAUGUCCUCAUACUCGCUUCUGCCAUGUAGACAUGCAGCAGUUCUACACAUACAUAUAUAUAUAUUAGUAUAUAAUCUGAUAGGACACUUUGCUUAUUCAGUAAAGCUUUGGUGCUGUAACUUAAUCAGUAAUAUUUUGAAGCUUUUAACAUGGGACUGUGUGUUAUAUUCCAUUUUCAGCACGUGCAUUAAAAAUGUCUGCACAAUCAGGCUUGAUAUUUGACCACAUGACACUGCAGGUUUAAGCUGAUUUUUUUUAAUGUUCACAAUAAUAUGUAAUGUCAUAAAGUAUUCCCUGUGUUUGUGUAUCUUGAUUGAGGUUGAAACAGUUGAGAUGUGUACCUCCAUGUUAUCUUGACUCUACAGUUGGUUGUUUUUUGUUGCACCUUUAUUACAGCAGAACUGUGAAUCUUUUACAAAACAGUAUUUUACUUGGCUGCUAAACACAUGUUAAUUUCACUGCCUUCAAUUUGAUCCACUUGGUGAAAUGCUUAUGUUUUAAGAAAGCCUUGUCUCUUUGCCAUGUGCAAAUGAUUAAUACAUUUUGUCUCUUAACUUUCAUCUGUCCAUAAUAAUAUUUUAUAUGUAAUAUAAUAGUUAUGUUAGCUCUUUUUAUUGCAUUAAAAUUAGUUUAGCGUAUAUCCAUUCCUUUUUAGCUGUUUACCUCUAUUUGCUAUAUUUUCUGUGAUGGGUGUUAAAGUCAAACCAGGAAUUGUGAUAAAAUUUCUCAUGAAUGAAGGCAUUUAACUAAUUGACAUUUACAGAAGACUUCAAGAUUCUUUAGUUGCAGUAAAACAUUUGAAUGUUGCAAAUGUUUUAAAAAAGGCAGUACGUCCGAGAAUGAUGGACCUGGCCCAGGUAGCUCUGAGCUCACUGUAAAAAAACAGCCUGUUUUUAUCAUCAAAGGUGUUGUUUUUUUGCAGGUUAAUGAGCACCUCAUAUUUCCCACUGCACCACUUGCACAUUACAGGAACCCAUCUGGCCAUUAUUGCCACAUCCCCAUACUUUACUGACCUCGCUCCAAGCCAUUUCCACAUGCUUGUGCCAUUAAAGGAGUUCCUGGUAGGCCAGCGUUUCAGACAUAAAGAAGGCUGUCUGAUUAUGUCUCUGGUAUAUUUAGUAUACUUUCUACCUUGAUAGUAUCCAAGCAUUAGUGAAACCCUGGCAUAAGUGCAGGGGAUUAUAUAGAGAAAUUAAGGUAGUUUUUAGUCUCAUAACUGUGUUCUUUUAUUGUGACUGAUUAAAAGUCUCAGUUUGACUUGAACACCCCUCAUAUUAAGACUUUUUAAAUGCUAGCCUUUUCUAAUUUUGUAUGUACACUACUUUUUAAGUUGUAUGUCAUGUCAUGUACAGUAUGAUUUAUGUUACAGAAAUGUGCCAUGGUGUAAUGCUUUGCAUUGUGUAUCAGUGGGACUUUUUGUUUAAGCAUUAAGCUCCGUUAUUAGUGUUAUUAAUAUUUUACAGUUUUCUUAUUCUCAUUUUCCUUUACUUUUUAUGGAAUAUUUCAUCACUUAAAAUA